AUGCAGUUCAUCACCGUCAUCAUCGCUACCCUGGCCGCUGUUGCCAUUGCCACUCCGUCCCCCGAUGCCUUCGAGAAGCGCACCUGUGUUGGCAACUACAAGGUUGCCUGCGAGAACGGUGGAGUCCCUUGCUGCGAUGGCUGGCAGUGUGUUGGCGCUACCGAGUGGAACGCUGGUGUUUGCAUUCCCAACUACUAA